ACACACACACACACACACACACAAGAUAAAGUUCAAAAGGCCCUCAGCUUGCUAGCUGGUAGUUGAGGGCAAUGGACGAUCGACGAUGCAACAGAUCCAUUUACUCAAAAGAUUUCUCUUCUUUGGGCUGGACAAGUCAUGAAGCUCGUUUCCUUGCCGCAAGGCCUUGUUGUGGCUGUCUUAUCUCAGUUGGGGCCCAAAGACAUUGGGAAAGCGGCCGCUGUCUCGCGAAAGCUGGAGGCAGCGGCGAACGAUGAGUCUCUUUGGGAGACCUUGGCCAGACGUUACUAUGGAUCUCGCGUAGCUCGCUCCACACGCUCCAUGUAUGGCAGUUACAAAGAUAUGGUCCGGGAUGACAAUCGUCGUGGGGCAUUACCGACUCUCCAUGGUCUCUGGAAAAGCCCUUGUCACAACAAUAGCCCGACGUCCUUCUACUGCUGUUUGGUAGUCUGCAUAAAGUGGCACCGUCCUAGCAAUAUGUUAUGGCUCUACCUUGACGCACGCGGUGAAUCUGACUUGAGACACCCCGGGACGAGUGCACUGUGGUUUCGCGAGCUAGGAACCAACAAAAAUGUACCGUUGCUCGGGGCUCGGAACGCAUUCGCAGGAACUCCCAGUAAUGUGCAGCAAUAUGACUUUGUUCCGGACCCAAACGCUGUCGGUCGAAACGAUCGCUUCAAGGGUGUAUUGCAGAUCGAUGCCAGUCUAUUUUCCCGAGCAGGGUCUUACGAGUUUUGCUAUGCCAAUGCUAUUCUUCACCGCGACUAUCAAGAAUGCUCUCUUUUUACAGUUGAUCGGGAGCAAGACCUGAUGGACGUUUUCACUUCCUUCUCCUUGGAGAACGAGUCGCCUUUUGCCUCGGAAACAGAAGCUGCUUGGAACGAGCGUUGGAGGCCCCACCUAACCUUGGCUGUAGAAGCCCCGGCGAAUAGACUGGGGCCCUGGCCAGAACGUAUUGGGAUGACAGGCGACGAGGCUGCAAGCUACAUCCGAUCUCAAAAUCCUGAUCUAAAAGUUUCUGCCAUCCCCCCUGACGUCAGUGUUAAGCGCGACCAUCGUAGUGGUCGGGUUAGGUUUAGGGUAGACCAUCGUGGCAUUGUUGAGCGAGCUCCAAAGAGAGGUUGAUUGGACACCAUACCGUAGGCAACGGCAUCUCGUUCAAGACCUUUGAGGGGCGUAAAGGCAGCCGAAACAAAGGAGAAAGCACACAACAGUUUUGUUGCUGGAGGGAAAUCAUACAAGGUAGAUUCAUGAUCAAUUGGUACGUCGAGCAGUUCCUAAGCCAGUAAUCUUCUUGGAUCCUACCAAGAAACAAAUACAAAUUACUUAGCUUUCUGGAAAUAUCAAAAGGCAAGCUGAGAAUCGCAUUCCUCUGCAAAUUUGGGAACAAUUCUGCCCA